AGUAUCUGUGAGUAGAGUCAUUUGGCCACGAGUAAAAACAUUGACUUUGGUCAAACUCUUUCAGGUUUGAGUUUAGUUUUACGAGAUCUGCUGCCGUAAACGAACGUGUGCGUACGGAUUAACGAAGAAUUGCCAGAAAUCGUUUUGUGGGCGUAACGCCGAAAUCGAAUAGCACUUGACUCGCGUAUAUGUAGUACGUGCGUAUAGGUGUGUGCGCGCGGAUUAUAUUGUAUACGUUUGUUUUUUACUUUUCGCUUCGUCGUCGUUUAAAGUGCAACUUUUUUCUGUAAAUAUUUAGAAUUUGCUUAAAGUAAUUAAGAAUUUUUUAUUUGAGCGAGAAAACCUUCUGUUUUGCCUGGAGAGUGCAAAAGCAAAGCCAAAUACAAUAAAUAGGCGAAUGAUUAAAAACGAAGUUGAAAUUGCAACAAUAAAAAUUUUUUAUUAAAAAAAUAAUAAUAAUCACAUCUACUUAAAUCCCGAAAACUGAAAUAUGUAUAAAGUGUACACACUUAAAAUACCAAUGUUUUAGAAAUUGUUAAAUGUUGAAAAUAUCAAUAGGAAAAUUUUACUUAGAAAAUUUAUGUGUAGUGAAGAAAUAAACAUGCAAAGUGUUAGUGUUGAAUUUCCUGUUUGAAAUUCUUUGCUUACCUUUUUCUCCCAACAACAACUCGUUAUACGGUAUUCUUAGUUUUGGUUGCUGCUUACAGUGUUCAACUUGCCUAGCCAACUCCAGGGGUUUAAGUCAAAUGAUCAAUACGACGACGCAACAAAGUUACGGCAGCCCAUAUAACAUGAGCGCUGAAUAAAAGAAAAACAGAUAAAUAUUGAAAGCGAAACUUGCGGCGUGCACAAGCAAUGCAAAGUUAAUAAACACCGCAGCUGAGCAAAUAACGAAACGUGCAUAAAUCAUAGCAACAACAACAAAAACACGACAAAUCACUGGAAAUAAUCGAAAAUCUGACACCUCCGGAGCUGCGGGAAAAAUAAAGCAGAGAUAAAUUAAAAUCAAAACAAAAAUAUUCAUAAGAAACCACGCGCCAAAGAGGAAGUUGAAUUGUAACCAAAACAAAACUCAACAAUAACAAACAAGUGAGCCUUUUAUCAACUUUACAUGAACGUGAAGUAGCGAUAAAAAUACAGUUGAAAGAUUCUGAACGAAUUAUACCCAUAUCAAUUUGUGAAAUUCAUUUGAGCUCUGUGGCACGCGCGUGAUUUUUACGAUGUUGCACCUACUCGCGCUGGAAAACUAGCAACGCACUUGAAGCCAAAAAUAUAAAAUCAGAAAAGGCGGAAUUCUAGAAAGAAUUUUUUUAGAAAAAUCUAUUAUCGCUUUGAUUUCCGCACACACGCACACACGCACACUCGCGCAGCGCUGUAAACUAUUUUCGGCUGAACUUGAAAUGCCUACAGAAUGUGAGCGCGCGAUUGCCAACACGAGCCAGAACGUGCAACAGACGCAACAACAGCCACAGAGAGAAGAGCAACAGCAACAACAAGAGUACGAACAUUUGCAAGAGGAUCACUUGCAAGCAAAAUCAGAAGAAGAAGCAGCGGCAGCACAGCUUGAGUUUUAUGACGACAUGGAGGACAAAGAGUUGAAUGGCGGCAAGAUGUCCACCUCCCAGACAUCAACUGCGUGCUCAACGAACGGCCACAGCGGCAGCAAUCAGGCGAAUGGUGUUGGCAAGAAAACGUCCAUAAUAUCGCCGGAUCCCACUUCAUAUGUGACCAAAGCGCGCGUCACACGCCCCACACCACCGCCACCGUCCUACAACCCGAUGCAAUUUGUGCAGAUCAAACCAUGCAAUCUCUACCAAACCGCACAGGAGCAGCUAAAGAAGGCUGAAGAAGUGAAAAAGAUUAAGGAGAUUAAAAAAGAAGAGCCCGAGGAUUGGCAGAAUUUUUUAUUGCGUCAAGAAGAGUUUAAGUUUUUAAUGAUCAUUGAAGCCAGUUGCAUGUCAAAUAAACCCCUAAAAAUUACCCAUUAAAUGUUUUGCUGAAAAUAUCACUGCGAUAUUCUGUUCUAAUUGUUAGCGCCUAAUCGACCGGAAACUACUGGCAAGCGAACUGAUCAACUCGUUGCUGCUUUGUAAAUUUCCGUCAAUCAGCAAAGUCAACUCAAUAAUUUUCUGUUAAAAAUAUCAAAAUUUUCACGAAUAUUGUUACAACCAAAUUUGUUGUUUUGAACGCAAUAAAAUAAAAUGAGAAAAUAAAAUUGCAGCAGCAAACUAAAUGUGGAAUUUGGAUAAUUGGAAAUCGUCACGUAGAAAACGUGUCGAACACAUCAUCGAUCGAGUUGUGGAAGUAAAAAAACUGGAAUUGGAAGAACACGACCGGACACGAAGAAAAUCGAAGACGUUCUCCGAAAUGAUCGAAGAAAGAGGUGAACGUGGUUGUCGAGGUCGCGCAAAAUUGGCCACGUUAGCCGUUUACAAUGAAGACGAAUCGAAUGACCUGAGCGACCUUGGCAUUGGCACCAGCAGCGCCAGCGGCAAGAGCAGCCAAUCGGAGGAUUACGACAACAACAGUGUACUGAGCGACAACGCCGAACUCGACAAAGCCAUAUUUGAGAACAACCAAAAACCCAGUGGCAUCCCCGCGCGCGAAUACAUCUCCUCUCCCGGCUACGAUACCUCCUCCAGCACCGCGCCAGGCAGUUCUCCCGAUCCAUGCGAAUACACUUAUGAGGGCGCCAUUCAAGACUACAAGCAACGCGUUUCGCGCGCCAGCGGCGGCAGUGCUUUAGCCAAUUUCAAGCUCCAUAACGCCAAUACAAACCCGGCGUUAAUAUCCAAAAGCAACUCUUCGAAAGAAAAUACCCCGGAAUGCAGCAAUACAGCGCCGAACGAUACUUACCCCACACGUCGCGGCAGUAAAAUCGAGGAUCGCCUAAUCGGCUUCGAAGUUACUUCACCCAGUGAUAGUCAAGAGGGUUUGGAGAAAAAAGUUGAUGUACCAAAAAUCGAUAUUUCGAAGCGUAAAGAGAUUUUCGAAAAUCAAAAUGCCAAUUCAGAACCAAAGUCGCUGGUGGGCAAUAGUAGCGCUGGCACCGUAGCAGUGCCACGCGUUACACUGCGUGAUCGCUUCAAGUUGGACGAGAGUGUGUCUAAUAAUGGCGAGGUACAAGACUCCACAUUGAAGCGUGAAGUUAAACGCCUAUCAGGCGACAUCACAAGCAUACGAUCGCGUAUGCAAAGCCUAGAGCAACAGCAAAAUUUAGUCAAUUCUACGAAUGGUGGCAGUGCCGGUAAGGCACCCAGCGCAAAAUUAGUCGACAUACCAGUGCCACCAUUGAAGGAUCGUCUGUCUAGUUUACAAAAUGCUGUAACCAAAGAAGAGGUGAAAAAGGCGCCGGUAGCACUUGUCGAUGCCCGCCAGCUGGAGAUAAUGAAGAACGAAGAGGAAGAACGACGCAUGAAACUAAUUGGGAAUGAGAAGAAAGCCGUGCAGGAAAUAAGCAAUAAAGAGAAGGAAGAAGUAAGUGCGCCCGGAUACCAAACCACGAUGACACAACACGUGGUGGUUAAAAUCGAUGCGCCCGAGGAGGAUGUCGAUCGUGACGACAGCGGUAUUCACACCGCCGAAGGCGAAAUCGAAGCGAAGGAAAUUUCCGAGCAGGAAGAACAACUAAAUGCGGCUAUUGCAGCGUUGGCACUGGAGGAGCAACAGCUAACCGAAGCAGCAAAUGCAGUGAACCAAAUAGAAGCGGAGUUUGCCGAGCUAUCCACCAGCGCAGUGAACGCCAUCGCCAGCAGCCUGAACACAGUGUCCACCACAAAAACAACUAACGAACAGCCAUGCGAAAUGGAAUUUAGUAUCAACGAAGCUCUUGAAUUGGCGCUGGAAGCAAUUGACAAAGAUACCACAUUCACCAUAAAUGAUACAGCAACAAUAAAAGCAAAAACCAAAUCAUCCAACACAAUUGCAAGUAAUCAUACAAGCAACACAGUAACAACAACAACAACAACAACACAAGCAACAACAAUAGCGACGGCAACAAUGUCCACAAUGAUAGCAGAAACAGCAAUAAAACACAACAACAACAAUAAUAAUGAUGGAUUACUAUGUGCAAAGGAUACGUCGAACAAAACCGACGAAGAGAAGGAACACAAAAGUAAGCAGCAACAACAACAACGAUUUGAUGCAAAUACAAAUAUUAUGAACACUGACAAUGAUGAUGAUGGUGGAAGAGAGGAAUGGCGCGAGGCGCUCAUCUCGCAGGAGCCCAUUUACGAGAAUAUUUCGGCAGCAUCUACGCGACAGGUAGAUGUUGAAGCAAAGCGAAUCAUUCCAACGAGCAUGUUGAACGACAACAACAACAUGGCAAAUAAUAAUAUUCCCAAACAAAUUAAUCAAAUAAAUAACAGCAAUAGUAGUAAUUGUAAUGAUAUUGAAAAUUCGUUUGCCAAUAAUUCGCUAUGUAAUAUAUUGACUAACAACAACAAUAACAAUAGCAGCGGUAGCUAUAGCGCUAGCGAUAACAAAAACAAAAGAAAUCUUGACAAUACUUUUAUUGAAAUAACCAACGCUUACGCUAAUGCUACAACUAUUAUAACAGCUGCCGGUAUAAUGGCAACAACAACAACAGCACCAAGCGAUUCGCUCACAGCCAGUGAAAACGCCAGUGCUGCCGCAACCUCAACACAAGUUGCAACAGCAGAGGACUUUAAAAAUAUCACAACAACAACCGCAACAACACAACAAACUGAAACAAGCUCACCAGCUCCAAAAUCUGAAAAUUUGUCCACAAUCACAAAACCCGCAGCAGUUGAUCCGCAAACGGUGACUAAUAACGCAACGACGCCGCCCGAACAAGAACCCUACUAUCAGGUGCCCAAAUCAAGCGAGCCCUACUACGAUGCACCUAAACAUUUGCGCCCUGUGCCGCUUUACGAAAAUAUCGAGGUCUUCUACACCGGCUUGGAAAAUUCCACUUUGGCUAGCGGUACUGGAGCCGCACUUACUGGCGGCUUCAAGCUGGAACCGCCGAAAGAGAAGCCACCGCCGCCGCCCAUCGAGAGUCCGCCGCCUUUCGACGAUGUGGACAGCGUCGAUAACACAGACACGUGGUCUUCGGACAACACCUACGAAACGAUUUCAUCACGUUUAACACAUGUCAACGGUCUGGUUACCGACCAUCCUUCGCCGCCCAUCAAACGCAUGAACUCGACGAAACGCAUCAAGAAGGAGUUGCGCAAUAAACGUUCGAGUUUCUUGGGCAUUGACACCACGAACUUGGAUGAUGAGGAAACCUAUUUGGAAUUGACAGUGGCACCACCACCAGAUAUGGCGCAGCUGUUGCAGGAAGAGCGACGUUUGGAAAAACAAUUGUACCUGAAGGCAGGUCUGUGCGAUAGUUCAGACACAGGCGAGAGUCGCGAUUCGGGCGUCUCUGAGAAUCACUCACGUCAGAGCAGUGAACACUACACGAACUCAUCGGAGGAAAACGAUCGACAAAUCGAUACACCACCACACAGCCUCAAAUCCAACGAGCUAAUCUACCAGAAUGAGGCACUACUAACGGCCGCGCAGACGCCACUGUUGCAAACAGUGAAGGGGAACUCAGCCGAAUCAUGGACUGAGUCCGCAACUGUUGCUGCUGCUGCCACAAAGUCACUGACAGAGGCCACCGCUACCGCUAAUGCCAAAAUGCUUUCCAUUGAGGAGAAGAUACGUGAACAAGAAGAGGUCCUGCGUGUAGAACGCGAGCUGCUGCAGCUGGAACAGGAAGAGUUGAAGCGCCAGCGCGAGAACUUGAUGUUGCGUGAAAAUAUGGCACGUCGUGAACUGCAACAUGGCGCCAAAAUGCUUAUGUCUGCCAAUCGACGUUCACUACAAGACCUAAAUGGCGUAAGUAUGUCGCUAGCAGGUGGUCUGCCAAUACCGAAUGGCGGUCCAACUGUAGCCUACCAAACGGCGGUGCCACAAUAUGCCAUUGCCGCUCAUAACAUGCAACAACCGACACAGCAGCAAUUUGGCGUACCACUAUUGGCUGCGCAACCAACACAACAGAUCUAUGCAAAUGUACCAAAUAUAGAACAGCAGUACUAUCAGGUGGACAUUGAUUACCGCAAGUCCAUGUCCGACCUGCAAGAGUUCUCCAAACGGCAUAUGCUGCCUCCCAUGCCACCAACAAAACCGAUGCGUGCCAUGCAAGUGGGCACUUCAGCCAAUGCGCUGAUCGUCAAUGGCACCGAAGACUUCAUAGCAUCGCGGCAUGCCUUAAAUGCUCAGGGUUUCGGCGGCUCGUUGGUGAAAAUCGCCACCCCUACAGCGGCGCCACGUGGUCACUCGGCCUACCCGAACAAUCACCAAUACCAACACCAAUCAACACAAAAUCUGAGCAACAGCAGCGACAGCAAUAAUAGCAUUAGCGGAGUUAAUGCCACAAUGCCAGCCGUAUCAAAUGGACACGCCGCACUACCGGGCAAUAUGUCGCGAAAUACGCUGCAUGCGCUCAGUGCCACACCUAAACCCAAAUUCACGGACGGCUGGGUGCAAGUGCAGCAACGCAAAUCAUACGACACGAAUUUGGCGAAUGAUCCCGCUUGGCUUUCGGCGUACCAGCAAAAACGUAAAUCCAUGCCGGAGCCUUAUCACGCCUACAAUAACCAUUGGCUCGUGCAAGAGGCCGAGCAAAGACGCAUUGCAGAGCAGCAGCGACGCGGUGGUUCGACGGCCACAACACCGGUGCAUCAGCAAAAUGGCAGCGCUGUUACCGUCGUUGGCAUGAAAACUGCAACGGUUUCCAACGGCAAUGGCAAACCGCUGCCAGAUUCCAUCAUACAAACACUGACGGAGCGUGUGCAGAGCAAGGGUAUCGGCGAGCGGAAGAGAUUCGACUAUAACAAUCAAAGUACUGCUUUGGAGAAGAGUCCGCUUCAUGCGGCCUCCACAUACUAUCAGCAACAACAGCAGCAGAUAUCGCAAUCUGUAACGCCCACACAUCAACGACAUCUCAGCGGCUCGACGUUAACCACAAUGUCACCACAAGUCAAUGUGAACGCUUCGCCGGCUCAUCAGCACCCACAGCCGCAGCACCAGCAGCCACAGGACAAAGUGUUGAGUGUCAGUGGCAAGAAAAAGUGUUCACAUUGUGGUGAUGAAUUAGGACGCGGCGCCGCAAUGAUCAUAGAAUCGCUGUUGCUCUUCUACCACAUCAAUUGCUUCAAGUGUUGCGUGUGUCACGUGCAGCUCGGCGACGGACUAAACGGAACAGAUGUGCGCGUGCGCAACCACAAAUUACACUGCCAAAAUUGUUACUCCAGCGAUGAUGGCAUCAAAUUCAGCUGCGUCUGAGAGCGUCUGAGGAAACUGAGGGGAAAAUGUGAAAACAGUUUAGCAAAGUAGUGGAAAUCCUGAAGUUGGGUCAUGCCUGUAGUGAUCAGCUGCCAUCCUUGUGGAACCGAAAUCCUAGUGGAGUUGUAGAGAAACAUAUACAUACAAACACACAUAAAUAGACGUUAAUGCAAAAACCAUGAAGAAUUGGAGCGAAAACUCCACAUCCAGCAUGCAAGUCAAACAGCGCUGAGUUCAAGCUAGAAUUAUGGAAAAUUAUUCAAUGUUGAAUAAUUUUCAUGUUUAUAUUUACACAUUUUACUGUUAAAAUUUACACUUUUUAAAAGUAACGAAAUUUUCAAAUUUUAUAUUAAAUGAAUUUUACAACGUAUUUAGUAUCAUAUAUGUAUGAAUGUAUUAGAAGCUUGCGCUAAAUGCUUAUGAAACAAAGUGAAAUGAAAACAAAACUGGAAUUUGAAGUAACCAAUUCUACAAUAACUUGUGUAUAACGCAAUAGAUAUAUAUAUACGAGUAUACAUAUAUACACACGCAUAUCUAUACAAAUGUGCUGUUAUGAAUUGUUAAAACUUUUGCUAAUACUUUUAUUUCGACUAUCAAAUGUCCAUCGUUACGCAGUGGCAACUGUCAAUAUACAAUAUUAAAACUAUUAAAUGUUAAAAUCAAAAGAAAUCUAGUUGAAAAAUUUGACCAAUUACAACACACAAAAUUAAUAGGCAUACAUAUAUACGUGCGUGUGAAUGCUUACAGAUGUACACACAUAAAGCACCGACUGUCAUAGUAAAUAAAUUCACAGCUUAUUCGUUAAUAUUAAUAAUCGUGCUUAAAGCAAGAAAAAAUCUACAAAUUUAAGCAGAAAUAUUAUGGCUCUUUAUGGCAACAUUAUGGCAAAUCUUUACGCUCUAAAUGAAUGUUGAAUUUGAAAAUUUUGAUUGUUAAUAAAUGUUGAAUAAAAGUAGCAAAUGGUUUUAAGAGCUAAACUAAGUGCUUAAGGCGC